GCUUCGUAGUUGAAAGAUUGAAAAAUUUCCAACAACUUCCUGAAAAAUAAUUUAAAAUAAGAUAAUCGGCGUGCAAAAGCGAAAAAAAUGGUGGUUGAAAGUUCAACUAACGCCAGCGACAUUAAGGCAGCCGAAGAUUCGGAGGCAACCGUGCAAGCAGACCCAGAAGCUACUGUCGACGCGUCUGCCAUUGAAAUGGAGCGCCAAGAACGUGAAGAGCUCAAUAACUUUGUAAUGGAGUUGCAAACUAAAAUCAAAGCCAAAGCGCAGCUACGUGCGGAAAAUCUUAAUUGUGAGCAUCCUGGCGAUGGUUUCUUUGCCAAGCUGGAUUCCAGUUUGAAGCGAAAUACGGCGUUUGUAAAAAAGUUGAAACAGUUUACGGCUGCUCAAUUGGAGGCGUUGCUUAAAGACAUGAGUGGCCUUAAUUUGAGUAAAUACAUUUCAGAGAUUUGUUCAGCACUUUCUGAGGCAAAACUCAAAAUGACCGACGUGCCGGCGGUGGUAACACUCUGUUCACGUUUACACCAGACGUACGCCGACUUUGACGCACAAUUUCUUGAAGCGUGGCAAAAGACGCUUUCUUUGAAAACCGGUGAAAAGAUCUCGAAUCCAAGUAAGUUGCGUGUAGACUUGCGAUUGUUUGCCGAACUGGUGAGCUCAGGUGUGAUAAGUGGCAAGCAGGGUUUGCAAUUGCUUGGAUCAGUGCUGAUUAAUGUGAUCUCGCAGGACAAGGAAGAUCAUAGUAACUUCUCCAUUAUUUUGUCUUUUUGUCGACACUGUGGCGAGGAGUAUGCCGGACUCGUGCCACGCAAAAUGCAGAAUUUGGCAGAAAAAUAUGGCGGAGUGGCGAUUCCAAAGUCUGAUUUCCUAGCGCCCGACAGGCAACAAAAUCUGCGCGGUUUACUAAAGGAUUACUUCAAAAACUUAUGCAAGCACUUGCUGUCCGAGCAACAGGAAUUGCUCAAUAUGACGAAGAGUAUACGUCGCACAAUGGAAUCAAAAGGUGAAAUCUCGAAUGACAAAAAGGAAAAAUGCGAGCUGAUGCAAGCAAAUUUUGAUAAGCUGCUCUCAUCUGCACAAACGCUCUCCGAUUUACUUGACGAGCCAUUGCCGGAACUUACAAAUGAAUCGGAGAACUGCAAUCCGGGUACUGUCAUCGAAAGUAUGCUCGAAGUUGCGACAAUGGGCGAACUCGAUCCGUGGGGAGAUGAUGAAACGAAAAGUUUCUACACCGAUUUACCGGAUUUACGGCAAUAUCUGCCCAAUUUUUCAGCGCCAAAAGUCGAUUUAGAGCAAAAUGAAGAGCCUGCAGAGAUGACUGAAGAAGCGCUUGAUGCUGAUAUUGAUGUAGAGAUGGAUAUUGAUGAUCCACCUUCAACAGCAUCGGAUCCGCCGAAUGAUAAGGAUGCCGAGGCGGCUGCUGAACCAGCUAACGAAGAAACCGCGACGCCAGCACCCUUACCGGAUAAAAUUGCAAACGCACUAAUGGAAGUGGGGCGCAUGAGUGCGGGCCAAAUUUUGCAUAGCAAGCAGCAUUUCGACCAGUUUUUGAAUAAUUUAAAUAAUUGUGUGAACAAGGAGCUUAUAGACUCGGCGGCAAUUGAAUUUUUGCUAAAUUUCAAUACGAAAAAUAAUCGCAAAAAGUUGACAAAGUCAAUUUUUACGGUACAAAGAACGCGUUUGGAUUUGCUGCCAUUCCUCUCACGUUUUGUUGCUAUUGUUAAUCUGUGCAAUACAGACGUGGCUACCGAUUUGUCGGAAAUGUUACGCAAAGAAUUCAAAUGGCACAUUCGCAAAAAGAAUCAACUCAACAUCGAAUCGAAGAUCAAAAUUGUACGCUUCAUUGGUGAAAUGGUGAAAUUUGGUUUAUGCAAGAAAUUCGACGCGCUCAGUUGUCUAAAGAUGCUGCUGCGCGAUUUCCAGCAUCAUCAAAUCGAAAUGGCUUGCGCCUUCAUCGAGGUUGCAGGCGUUUAUCUCUACAAUUGUCGCGACUCGCGCUUGCUCACCAAUGUCUUCCUCGACCAAAUGAUGCGUCUGAAAACCGCUACUGCUCUGGACUCACGCCAUGCCGCACAGGUCGAAAGUGUCUACUAUUUGGUCAAACCGCCAGACACCGUGAAGCAAGAUGCUGUGGUGCGGCCAGUAAUACAAGAGUAUAUACGUCAUCUGAUAUUCGAAGAGUUGUGCAAACAGAAUGUAGAUCGUAGCCUAAAAAUAAUGAGACGCAUUAAUUGGGAUGAUCCGGAGGUGAGCAGCUAUGCCAUUAAAUGUAUGUCUAAGGCGUAUCUGUUACGCUUUCCGCUCAUACGCUGCCUCGCCGAUCUGGUAUCCGGUUUGAGUUCGUUUCAAGAGCGUGCGGUGACGAUGGUCAUCGAUAAUGUAUUCGAGGACAUACGUGCGGGUCUAGAAAUACACUCACCCAAGUUGGCACAACGACGCAUAGCAAUGGCUAAAUAUCUGGGUGAAUUGUACAACUACAAACUAGUAGAGUCAACGAAUAUCUUGAAUACACUCUAUUCGAUUAUCUCAUUGGGCGUGUCAACGGAGGAUGGCGUCAUCUCAGAAUUAGAUCCGCCGGACAGUUUGUUCCGUUUGAAAUUGGCUUGUGUGCUGCUCGAUACGUGCGGGCAGUAUUUUACCAGUUCAAUGAGCCGCAAGAAAUUAGACUACUUUCUUGUGUUCUUCCAACACUAUUACUGGUACAAAAAGUCGCAUCCGGUUUUUAGCAAAGUAGAAAAUACCUCAGAUUUAUUUCCUAUACUAGUGGAUCACAUGUAUCGCGAUUGUUUGGCAAAUGUGCGACCCAAAUUGAAGCUUUACAAAAGUCUCGAGCAAGCAAAAGAAGCAAUUGAGAAACUAAAAGAGGAGUUAUACCCGCAGCUGAAAGAAGGCAUGCAAAUUCAAUCUGAGAGUGACAGCAAUCUCGAACCAAUACGCGAGGACAGCGAAUUCGAUGACGCUCUCAGCGACGACUCUUCUUCCGAACGCGAGUCACGUUCGCGUGCACCCGACGCUGGUGGCGAUGAUGAUCCAAAUACUGAGGACGCCAACAACGCCAACGAGUUGGCCAACACCACUGACUGGACUGAAAAUGAAUUUAUGCUCGAAGAUUGUGAACUGCGUGCGCCUGAGAAAUCCAAAGAAGACCUCGAGUUCGAGCAGAUGUUUGAAAAAAUGGCCGUAGAUAGUUAUCAGGAGCGUAUCAAGGAGACUGUCAAACCGAAUACGAAAGACAUCCCAGUGCCGAUGAUGGCCAGAUCGAGUAAGAAAUCCUACGAACAAAUAACUAACUCGAGCGGAAAUCAGUCGGGUGGUGAAAAAGAGGCGGGGAAAAGUGGCGCUGCCAGCGCUAGUAGUGGUGGCGGUGCGGUACCAUUUGUGCUGAUGGUGCGUGGCGGCAAAGGAGGCAAACAACAAUUUAAACAAUUUGUUGCGCCAUCCGACUCACAAUUGGCCAUCAACCUGAAGUUGCAGGAAGAGAAGACACGGGAGGAGAAGGAAAAGGUGAAGCGCCUAACGCUAAACAUAACCGAACGUAUAGAAGAAGAAGAUUACCAGGAAUCUUUAAUGCAAUCGCAACGCAACUUGUCUCAAAAUCACUAUCAACGCCCGAGUAAACCGAAGUUUCGUCAUCAGAAGGGCGCGCCAGAUGCCGAUUUGAUUUUUAAUUAAACGCUGCUGCAGAGUCGUAUUACAAACUUAAAUGGAUUUUUUUCGUAUCGAUAUAUGCAGGGUUAAUUUACCGACCGCACACUGACAUCGCAAACCAAUGCUUUGUAGCUGGCUCGCACAAAAAUUUAUGGAGUUGUGAUUGAAAGUGGCAUAGCUGUGCAAUUUGAAUGAGGAAAUAGUGUGCAUGGUUUGCUUAGGGUCAUGACCAAUGGCGAUGAGUUUUAAUGGAGUUAAGUAAAGUAACAGCUGAAACAUUUAAUUACUUAUGGAUUAAUUUAACUGUAAUACAAAAAAAACCUAGUGAAAACUAUAAGUAGAAUAAAACAAAAUGAACUUUGAAUAACUAAAA